AUGUCGAUCGCCCAGCAAGCGGGGAGCUUCCCCUCGUUCACCACGGUCAACUUUUACGCCGGAAGCAAGCUCAACCGUCUCUCGUGGCUACGCACCUCGACCGAGUUUCUCAACUCGACCAUCGCCUCUCGGGAAACGCGCUUUGUGGUCCUGAACAACAACAACCCGCUGUGUCAUGGCGACCAGGCGGCGGAAGAGCAACGCGGGCUCUUGGCGACGCUUUCGUGGGAUGAGGUCAAGCCGUACAUUCUCGACAACGUGAAAGCCUCUGGUGGAGUCGAGACGGAUAGUGAGAACGUCCUUGUAUUUGGGCCGCAGGCAUAUGCGCUGCAAAACGGCAGCGGUGAGGAGAAGGACUUUACUCGCGCCACUGAUGGCGUGGGACCGAACAGGCUGGCCCUCGUGUUUCUCGGCAUCGACGAGUCCAAGCUGAGCAAUACCUCGCUUCCGGGGGAGAUGGCCAAAGACACUAGCAAAGAGUCGGACGCCGCCAACGACAAGGCACCACCGGCAGGUGUCCCUUACUUUGCGCUCUCGCUGAGCUACCGACCGCCCUUCCUCUCUUCCGACGAAGCGGCACCCAUGCAACCCCUGCUCUCCAAACUGGAAGCCGAAGACGACAAAUACGACUUUGUCGACCUGCGUGCCUCCUCCACAGCCUCGCGAUGGCCCGUUGAAGACGCCGCCAUUGUAGCACAGGCCAAGAGUCUGCUCGACUGGAACGAACGCCAUCAGUACUGCCCGGGCUGCUCCCGACAGCAGUACUCGCUCUGGGCAGGCUACAAACGCGGCUGCAGCUCCUCGCUCAGCAACGCCCGGCCGGGCACUGAAUUUUCUCGUGCUUUCCUCCCUACUUCCGCCACGACGUUCGCAGAAGACGGCAAGGGUGUCUGCCCGUCCACCAAGGUGCUGUCCAACUUCCACUACCCGCGCACCGACCCGGUGAUCAUCAUGGCCAUCAUCUCGCCCGAUGGCGAGAAGGUGCUGUUGGGAAGGCAGAAGAAGUGGCCGGCUGGGUUCUAUUCGUGUCUGGCAGGGUUCUGCGAGCCGGGCGAGUCGUUCGAGGAAGCCGUGCAACGCGAGGUGUUGGAGGAGUCGGGCAUCCGUGUGGACCAGGUUAUCUACCACUCGAGCCAGCCCUGGCCGUACCCGACGAACCUCAUGGCCGGGUUCUACGGCAUCGCCAAGUCCGACGACGAGAAGGAUAUCAGGCUGGACCUGGACAAUGAGCUGGAACACGCGCGCUUCUACACGAGGCAGGAGAUCCUGGGUGUGCUCGGUGGGGACGCUCAGUUCACCAGGGCUGAAUUGGAGAAGAUCGAUCAACAGCAUGCGGAUGACAACGAGGAGAGCAAGAAGAAGAACGAGGUGGGCAUCAGGCUGCCGCCCAAGACGACAAUCGCAAGGGUGCUGGUGGAAGCUUGGGCUAGAGGCCAGGCCGUGCUACCGAAUCACAUGGACGCGUUUCAGAAGACUCGCAUGUAG